AUGAUGAGGACCUCUAUGUGCAUAUACCACUUCCUUGUUUGGAGCUGGUAUAUUUUCCUCCAUUACUACACCUCACAACAAGGUGGGGAUCAGCAAAAACUGAACAUCUUUCUAAAGGAUGGACAGUGGAAGUUCCUGACAUUGCUUAAUCUGCUCUUGCAGGCCAUUUUCUAUGGAGUCGCCUUCCUGGAGGAUAUGCUGAAAAGAAUUAAAGGGAAAAAAGACAUUAAGUUCAUAACUGCCUUCAGAGACCUGCUUUUCACCACACUGGCUUUUCCGAUAUCCACAUUUGUAUUUUUGUCAUUCUGGAUCCUCUUUCUCUACGAUCGAGAACUCGUGUACCCUAAGGCCCUAGAUGGUAUUUUUCCAGUGUGGCUGAAUCAUGCAAUGCACACGUCCAUAUUGCCCUUCUCAUUGGCCGAAGUCAUCCUCAGGCCACAUUACUAUCUAUCGAAGAAGAAAGGACUCACCGUGUUGGCUGCUGCUAGCCUUGCUUACGUCGGCAGGGUCCUAUGGAUCUACUCUGAGACGGGUAUGUGGGUAUAUCCUGUGUUUGCCAAACUCAGCUCAGUGGGUCUAGCAGCCUUCUUCUCUCUCAGCUACAUCCUUAGCGCUGGCAUCUACCUACUAGGAGAGAAGCUCAACCACUGGAAAUGGGGUGACACGAUGCAGCCAAGGAAGAAGAGGAAGUGAUUACAUGCCAUUUUCCAAGAACUAAGGAGAAAGAAAACAGGAGUUUUUUUCAUUAUUUUUUCUGGUGGGGGAAGGUGGUGGAGCAACGUAGGA